GCAGUGCAGGUGAGGAGGCAGCGAAACCUGGCCUCGACACGGACGGAAAGGAGCCUCCGCUGCAGGACGCCCUGGAGUGGGAGAAGGUCUAUGCAUGCGCUCAAAGCCUCUUGCAGUACGUUGCCGUGAGUGUCAACGCCAAGUGCGAGGAGGCCCAGAGAAAUGCUGCUGCCAAGGAAGCUCAGACAGAAGCGCCAAAGCCAGCUCCUUUGAAGGCAGCAGAGGAUAAAUCGAGGGCCAGCUUCUUCUUGUGGCCCUCCAUCCUCCCGAUUGGCGAGUUCCUGUCCUCCGGUGGAAGCUCCCCUCCCGCGGAGAAGCCUGGCGAGCUGGAGAAGGCAGAGGACUGGAGCGAAAGAGAUGUGGAGACUCUGAAAUGCAAGCUCCGCGUUUGCAGAUGGCUGCCAGCAGCCCGAGCACCGAGAGAGUGGCUCCAGGCUGUCCCUUGGAUAGGAAACUCCCAGAAAUUUUGGCGGCCUUCCGAGAUGGCGCUGAUGAAAGACUUCUGGCUCUGUGGGGCUGCUGUCCCGGUGCUCGACUUGGACACACAACUUAUGUUGCCUGGUGAACGCAGGUCCAGUACAGAGGCCAGCUUGCUCAUGCUUCUGGGAAUGCCAAGCCAGGUGCCCCAAGGCCAGCGAAUCAGCUGCGCAUGGUCACAACUGAGUGCUAUCCGCCUGUGGUGGUCCUCUCGUUCUUCCGAUGUUCAAGAAGAUGGUGCCUCUGCUUGGGUCGCGAACUGCCUCUACCAGCAUGUGUAUCCCCUGCUCCAAGAGAAACAGGCAGAUGGAGCAGACGACGGCAUUGACAAAGGAGGUGGCAGUAGUUCUGGAAUCAACGAUCUCUUCGUAGCUGGCACUUUUGUGCUCAUGGAGGAUCUGUCUAGAAGCCAGGACUUUGGCCUCGCCGGCUUGCAUCAGGUUCCGAAGGAGUUGCAAGGUACUGCGCCUCAGCUCUGCAAGUCGAUCAAGCAGAAUUUCAAAGCGGUCGACUUGGUCCGUGCUCUUCGGCGGAUGGCAGAUGCCACAGAGAAGCGGAACAAGCAGCUUCGGACGGCUGAAACAGAGACGGCAGUUCGGCUGGCAAUGGCUCUGUCGGAGCGCAUUCGUGGUCAUGGGGAAGCGGUUCACGAUACCAUCCUGGUGCCAACAAAUCAGGGCACUCUGCGGCCUUCACAGCGUUGUGUCUUCAAUAACAUGCGAUGGCUGUCAGAAGAAGAGCAGCAGAAGAGGAGCAGAGCCGUGACGAGUAGUGGGCUAGACUGGGUGCAUCAAAGCAUCUCCAACGAGGUUGCUCAGACUCUUCAGGUGCAGGGUCUCAGCACCCAGGUCGCAGCAGAGGCAUUGGCUGCAGCCGAUGAAGGAGAAAGGGGGGACCCGGAAUGGUUUGAGGCAGCCGGACAGCAGGAACCCCUCACUUCCCGCUUGCGCUCCCUGAUCCGGGACAUGCUUGACCAAGCCUCCGCCCAGGAUUUGGGCUUCUUCAAGGCACUUCUGCAGAAUGCAGAUGAUGCGACAGCUACGGAGAUCAACUUUGUGUGGGACUGGCGGAGCUUUGGUGGACAGUCGCUCAUGUCACCAGAGAUGGCACGGUGGCAGGGCCCAUGCUUGUGGGCUCACAACAAUGCCAAGUUCUCUCCACAGGACUUUGAGAACAUCACGCAACUCGGUUCGAUGCAGAAAAGCAAGUCGCAAAGCCGCAAGACACAGAUUGGCAGAUUUGGCCUGGGUUUCAAUUCCGUUUACAGCAUGACGGACUUGCCCAGCAUUCUAAGCGAUGACAUUGUGUUGUUCCUUGAUCCACACGUCCAUCAUCUGCGUGGCAUGGGUGCAUCACCUGCCAAGCCUGGGAUCAAGCUGCGUUUCCUGAAGAUUGACGUGCUGGACAAGUUCCGCGAUCAGUUCGAACCGUAUCACGGCCUCUUCGGCUGUGACUUGGCCUCGUCCACGCCCUACGAGGGUACCCUGAUACGCCUUCCCUUUCGCACGCCAGAGUCGUCCAAGCUGAGUGAGAUCAGCAAGACCAUCGUGUCAGCCGAAGAAGCAACAGUGUACCUUCACGCCUUCAAGGAAGCGGCCGCCGAGUGUCUAGUGUUCCUCCAACAUGUGAAGCAGGCCAACUUCUGCUGGAUCGCUCCCGAUGCUGGUCCAGAUGCUGUUCCGACGCCGCUGCUGCAGGUUCGCAUCAUGCCCUCGAGUGUACCAGCUUCUUUGGGCCUGGCCGGCCAGAGACAAGCUGAAGUUUGCACGGAUGAGCGUGCGCUGGAAUACCGGCGGGUUUUCUCAUCACGGUCACUUCAGAAGAGCAAGGAGAAGCAGUCCUUCAUCUCCGACCUCCUCAGCCGCUUGGGUGUCCAGCAGCCCGCGGAGUCAGAGACGAGGCCCUAUGUGAGUUUCAACGUGGUCGUCUCGGUGCGCUGGAUUUCUCCGACGGAUCUGCAAUCUGGGAAGGAACAGACAGAGGUUUUGGAAGCCUGGCGUCUAUUCCUUCAGCAUGACAAUCCCGAGCAUGAUCCUUGGAAAUCCCUUUUGGGGGAGUCUGAGGCUGAGGGACUCGGCUACGUGCCCUUUGCAGGCCUUGCUGUCUGCCUCUCCAGGGAGCUCCACGGACCCAGGAUCUGUUGCUUCCUUCCGCUUCCUGUUAAAAGCUCCCUUCCCUUUUUGAUCAACGCCAACUUCUGCCUCACAGAUCCCACGGCGCCGGGUCGCUUGGAUUUGGCUGCUGGCUCUGGGUUUGCAUCCGACUGGAACAGCAUGCUCCUCCGGCACAUCGUGGAGCCUCUCAUCUGUACGCUGGUAAGGGAGCAGGCUGGAGCCAUACAGGCCGUGCGGAGCCAAAGCCCGAGUGCAGAUGCUGCACACUGGGUCGUGGGCAAGGAAGGGAUUUGCGCUUUGAUGCCUUGCAAGAGCCAACUGCCGCACAGUUUGCGAAAGCUUCUGAACCUUCCGUCCAUCUACAAGGAGCUUUCCAGUGCCGCGUUGUUCCCGCCUUUGGUAUUUGCGAGACACAGUCCCACAUCCACGGCUUCCGAACUUGUGGAGAGCGCCCGUUCCUUCGCGGCUCAGAUUUUUCACGAGGCUGACACCAAGCCCUCGGUGAAGCUGUUGUCGUUUACGGCUUCUGUGCAGCCCCUGACACUAGUUGAGGGCCGAGGCAAGCAGCAUCAAGCAGUUCACGAAUACCUUAGCAGUGGGAAAGGAUUCAAAUUCUGCGAAGUGGCUCGCAGCGUUUCCGAAGAGUUCAAGUCUGCAAAUUCAUCCAGACAGGCGGAAGUGAACCCCGCCUUUGUACUGUCGUGCCUGCGCGAAGACACUCGCUCCAACUUGGAUGCCCUGACCGCUAUAGAACUCUUGGGCUACGUCCUUAGUGAAGAGCUUCCGGCAGAUGUGGUGUCAGCACUUCAAGGCUUGAAGCUGGCGCCUCUGUGCAGCGGGAAGGUAGCAUCCUUCAGCAGCACCGGCGCGCCGCUGUACUAUGCCUUUCCCACUGGCGGAUCGGCGUCCGGUUCCAGCGCACUGGCCCAGCAGGUCUUGCAGCAGCUCGUGCCAGCUCUGACGUUGAACUUGUCGGGUGUUGGCGAAGACGGAAUUGCAAGAUUGGGUGCCAGUGCGCCCGGGUUAGGCAUUGAACAUGUGAGAACUUCGGAGCAAUUGGCCACGGCUCUAAUCGCCGGCUUUCCGGCGAUCCGAGCCCCACCUCUGGAAUACUCCUCACUGCAAGCGGCAAUCGAAGACCGGCUCGGAGGCCAUGAUGGACUGGGUGAGGACUUUCUGACCGCUUUUGAUCGAUGCUGGUCCGCUGCAAGCAAGCUCAUGAUGCUUCCGCUGAGCAAGGAAGAACCAUUACUUCUGCCACCGGAGGACAUCCCGGUCGCACGCAAUUCCACACGCAAACACAAGACCUGUGGAGAUGUGAGGAAGGUCAAUCCCAGCCACCCGGCCGUGUCUGUCCCCGAGAGCCGAAUGCCAUUCUACAGGCAGCUUGCUGACGGUGCUUGCUGCCUGGGCAUCGGCUUUGGAGUUUGUCGGCUUCCGAUCUUCCUCGCGGAAUCCGAAAAUCGUGAGGAGGAGCAGGCCCAGGCCUUCCGCUCUCUGGUGCACUUGGCCGUUGUGGAAGGCGAACCGUUGCAGCUCCACGCCCCGCCGGUGAGGCUGGACUUGGAGUCCACCUUCAUCUUCCUCGCCUCCCCGAAGACGCCAACGGAGGUCGCCGCAGCUCUGGCCCUGCUCGAGGUCAAGGAGCCGCUGCUUCAGCAGCGCAAGUACUUCGAUGCCAAGACCUGGCUGCACCAGCAAGUGCUCCCACAUCUUGCAGACAUGGUGGAUGAUGAUCAGGUGCACUUCUUGGAAAGGCUGCUGCCGCUCAUGGAGAACCUCGAGGAAGCCAACUCUGAGCCAUACCUCGUCCCAGCAGAAGUACGGGGCAGGCUCAUGAAGCCACCGUGCACCAUCUUGGACCCACAAGACUUUCUGAUCCAGGAAGUGUUUGGUGCACGAGGAGAUGCCUGGCCCAAGCUGGGAAGCCAUCAUCAGUUCCACUUUCCCUCCAAAGCUCUGUCUUCAACAGUUCUCAGUCAUCUCAGACGCCUGGGCAUGAGAAAGAGCAAUAGCGACGGACGUUGCUUGGGAUACCUGUGCCAGGCCCUUCGUGAACAGCACAAGCGCUUGCCAGGCCAGAGAUAUGGAGAAGUGCAGCGAAGUCUCAUGCAGAAGAUCGUGGAGUCGUGGAGCUCCUUUCCCGGCCCACAUCGAGACAUGGUCCUGGAGCAGGAGUUCGUGGACAUAUCAGCAGAAGCAGACGGUGGAGAGCAGCCGGGGAGCCUCUUUGAACUGCGGCCCUACCGGGCAACGCGGUCCACGGAGCAGCUACUGAAGCUCUCGUCCUUGGUGUCUCGCGUCAGCGUGACGGACCCCUACCUGUGCUGGACCAGUUUGCCACUCUCUCCGAGGGGAUUUCCCGAAUUCGAGGGAUACCGCCGUCCGAUGCUGGAGGAUGUCCUUUCUCAUGCGCACUCCAUCAGUGCUCUUGCUGAUGGAGCUGUUCCACCUCAUCUGUGGGAGGAGCUCAAAGAGAAGGUGGUUGGCCAGAUCUGCCAGUUCUUGGCACAUUCCUCCGCGUUCCAGAACCUAGAGGACAUCAUGGCGCUGGAUGAAGGUGAAGAGCUUGAGCUGCGAUCACCCGAGACCAUCAUGGCCCACUCCCAGAGAAGAGCGCGAAUCUGCUCGCAGCUUCGCAAAGUCAAGUUCCUGGCAGUGCCUUUGGAAAGCGGUGUGGCCGGUCCGCACACCUUGGUAGCACCCUGGCGCAUCUCGCUAGUGUUGAAGGAACAUCGACCUCCAAUGUUUGCUUUGCCCGCCUACCUGUCCGAGCAUGUUGCGCUUCUACGGAUGCUGGGCGUCCGUGAUGCCCUGGAGCUUCCGCAAGAGUCGCAAGGUGGUACCGAAACGGACAUCUCAAGGGUCGCAGACGAAUCCAUGACGUGGCUUUUCGAAAAUGGUGCCGAAAGCUUUUCUGAUGUGACUUUGCGCUGUGAUGGCGGCUCGCUCUUCCUUCAUCGCAACAUCCUAAUGGCCCGCAGCGACUAUUUCCGGGCCAUGUUUCAGGGGGAGAGUGGCUUUCGGGAAAGCCAAGAAGGUGGAGCAGAGGUGUCCCUCUUCGAGAUCCCGUUGGAAGUUGCCAAGAUCUUGUUUGGCUACUUGUAUCAUGGAAAAGUGGAUGAGCGGCCCCUUGAAGGUCCUGAAGGAACGUGCGCCCUCCCCGUAUGCCUCGCGUUCUGUUUCUGUGUUGCGGGUGUUUCUGCAGUUCCAAUCUCUUCGCAACAGCUGCAUCCGGGCUCGAACGGAGACACAUUGAAGUAG